UACCACCAAUUCCUCAAAGAACAUCAAGUAUAAAUUAUCAUUUAGCAGCAUUAUUAAUUGCAAUUAAACAUAUGUGGGCUUCGCCAAACUAUAAUAAAAGUUAUAAUAUCAACAACCCCAAGUUAACGCAAACAUUGUUAGAAUUAGAAAUAUGUCCAUCAACUAAAAUAGAACAAUGA